AUGGCUUUUCUUGUGCAUGGAAGUUAUUAUCACAAGGGAUGCAGUGAACCAACUUCAGGCCUGGAUUCCAGUACAGCUUAUACACUACUCAGCAUACUUAAAAACUAUGCUGUAACAACAAGGAAAACUGUCAUCAUAUCUGUCCAUCAGCCUUCCAGUUCUAUGUUCUACAUGUUUGAUAAGUUAUUGUUAAUGCACCAAGGAGAGACUGUAUAUUUUGGUAAAGCAAAUAAUGUUGUAGAUUAUUUUGACAGUAUUGGGUUUCAAUGUGAGCAGCAUUACAACCCUGCAGAUUUUAUUUUGGAUAAAGUCAGAGGAAACGAAAGUGAAGUUGAAACCAUAAUGGCUGCCAGCAGAAAUGCAUUAUGGGAAUCAUACAGUAAUGGUGAAACUAUGGUGACCAACUCUUAUAUUGAUGAGAGUAAUAAUGGACAUAUUAAAUAUUGCAGCAAUGAAAACUCUGUAAAUAUGAAACACACGAACGACCUAGAUGAUGACUUUGAUGAUGAUUCAGAACCAAAAUGGUCAACAACAUAUUUUGAACAGUACAGAACUCUAACCUCAAGAAGUUUUAAAGAAUCUAAGAUUCCUGGAGAACGAGUGGUUAUUAACAAAGAACGCUUAUCUGGAUUGUAUCGAUUGUCAGCUUACUUCCUGGCAAAACAGACAAGUGAACUUCCAAUAGGAACACUAAUUCCUGCUAUGUCUUAUGUCAUUAUCUACUGGGCAGGUGGUCUGAACAGGACUUGGCCACCAGCAUUUGUUUUUUCACUGGCACUUGUAUUACUGGGCUCACUAGUUGGCCAGGUUAGUACCCCUGUUUACAUUAACCCACAGUAUCCCAACUUUUAG